AUGGCUGAAGGGAGUGAUGCGAGGGCAUGGGAGGAGCUGAUCCCUGAUGCCCUGGGCCUCAUCUUCCGCAACCUCCCUCUCCAAGAGAUCCUCACCGUUAUUCCUAGGGUCUGCAAAUCGUGGUCGCGGGUAGUGUUGGGCCCCUACUGCUGGCAGGAAAUCGACAUCGACGAGUGGAGCCAGCACUGCAAGCCAGAGCAACUCGAUAAAAUGCUUCACAUGCUCAUAGAUCGCAGCUGUGGCUCCUUCCGCAGGUUCAGUGUUUCCGGCCUCCAUACCGAGUCCAUGUUCACCUUAAUUGCAUACCAUGCUGGUUCCCUUCAGAGGUUGGAGCUUCCAAGAAGUGAAAUGAACGAUGCCAUUGUCAAACUUGUUGCACCAAGAUUGUGCAAUUUGACUUACUUGGAUGUCAGCUACUGCUCAAAGAUAGGUGCUUGUGCGAUCGAAGCGUUUGGAUCUCUCUCUUUCCGAUCCCUAUCACUACGCCCUCAUCGCUUCCAAUUCCUUCGUCAAGGUAAAAGCAUCGCACUCUCGGUUCCGGUUCCUUCAGCGAUGCGGCUGUGGAGCUGGGCCGUGAAGAAGAGAAUCGAUUUAGUUUAUGGAGGUGGAAGCGUGGGAUUAAUGGGGCUGAUUUCUCAGACAGUUUAUGAUGGUGGAUGCCAUGUUCUUUGGGUGAUUUCUAAAGCUCUUGUUCCAAUUGAGAUUUCAGGGGAAACAGUAGGUGAGGUAAAGGUAGUUUCUAAUAUGCAUGAGAGAAAAGCUGUGAUGGCUGGACAAGCUGAUGCAUUCAUUGCACUUCCUGGAGGAUAUGGAACAAUGGAAGAGGUGAUGGAGAUGAUAACAUGGUCACAACUUGGAAUUCAUAAUAAACCAGUUGGUUUGUUAAAUGUUGAUGGCUACUACAAUUCCUUGCUCGAACUAUUUGACAAUGGUGUGAGAGAAGGUUUUAUUAAGCCGGCUUCUAGGCACAUCGUUAUUUCUUCUCCGAAUGCAACUGAAUUGCUUGCGAAAAUGGAGCUAUACACUCCCUUGCACCAAGAGGUUGUUCCGAGGCAGAGCUGGGAGGUUGUGAAUUUAUGACUAUAUCUAGGGAUCAAAUUCGUUUGCUGUUGUUUUCAAUAAGUUUCAGUAUCACAUAUUAUUCUUUCCUUCAGUCUGUUUCUGGGGAACCUCAU